ACACUCUAAUCGUCUUUGAUGAUCUGGAUUGUAUACGAUAUUAGAUGUAAUUCAACAAACUGAUAAUUAACAGUAUAGUAACAGACUAUGUACUACGUAUAAUAAUUGAACCCCCUUUACGCGAUAUAGUUAUGGUAGUUAUUAAAUGAAAAUGUUCUAAAAUUAUUCUCCCAAAUGCUUUUUAGAUGCAAAGUUGCCACUUGUCUUUGCUGUGAUCCUUUGUGAUUUCCCCUCCGAUCCUGUAGAUGGAACCAUGCGUCUUUGUUGUGUACAUGUUUGUACAAAGAACUCGAGGCACACAUUGUUAUAUACAACAAACUAAAUAUUUGACAGCUCGUUGAAAGUAAUACAUACAGUUAUCAGCAGAUUUGAGUUUUAUAUAAAUACGUUUGCCAAAAUGUCGACAGCCUUUUGUUUUCAAGCACAGCUCGUUUCUGUCAUGGACGCGUUAUCAAAAACAGCAGUUUCAGAAAUAAGCAAACUAGUCGACAUCGAAUCAAAGGUUUUAAAAUUAGAAAUAACGCGUGGUCGGAAUGAAAUAGCAACACUUACAGAGAAAUUGCAGCUGAUGGAGAAUUUGUUUUGGGUCGGGGGGGGGCACAGGCAGGACGCAACGGCAGAUACACGCACGAAAACGACAACAAGAGUGAGAGAUGGUUCAAUGAACGAUUAUUGUGAAAGACCUCAGUCUGAGCCCAAAAUAGCUGCAAUCAAAAAAAGGUUUGCAAAGUUGACCCGUUUUGAAUAUUCUAUGGGCAGUGAGAGUUCCUGGGAAAAUAUUUGUCCUCCCCAAGAGAUGCACGUCAUCCAUCAGGUUGAAGAUGGUGCUCUUGUUUUGGAAACAGUGCCUACCACAGUGGUGAGAGACCAGCCUGAGUUGAUUGUGAUCAAGGAGGAACCUUCAGAGGUGGACAUAUGGGGUAGUGGGCCAAAGACCGAGCUCAUAAAUGAAAAUGGAGCAGCAACAUCACUUGAUACAGAUGUUGGGUGUCUCGAUGUGCUUCAGCAUUGUCCAGAUAGCUCAGACAUCCACCCUAUACUUACUGAGAGCCAAGUGAACCACAGCACUCAGCCCUUAUCCGGAGUGCAAUCGGAGGACCUGGACACGCAUUGGACGACACCUGCAUGUUCACAGAGCCAGGAUGUGCAGCAGAUCACACUUGCUGCACAGAGAAGCUCCAUAACUGGAAACAGCUCUGGUGGUAUAACAAAUGUGCCCUCUCAGAGUUUCAGUGUGGCAAAGUCAAACAUGAAGAUCCACAGCCUGAGAACAUCAGGAGCUAAAAUAUUUGGCUGUAUGCAAUGUGGCAAGAACUUCAGGUGUUCUAGUCAGCUGGAAAUACACCAGCGAAGUCACACUGGAGAGAAACCGUACCGAUGCACGCUGUGUGGAAAGAGAUACGCACAGAAAGGGCAUCUUUAUACCCACCAACGCACACACACCGGAGAAAAGCCAUAUCGCUGCCUCGACUGUGGCAAGAGCUUCAUUCAAAAAUGCACUCUCGAUAUGCACCAACGUACCCACACCGGAGAAAAACCUUAUGUUUGUGUGAAAUGUGGGAAGGGAUUUACUAAAAACUGUAACCUUAAGAAACACAUGGGUGUACAUACAGAGUUUAGCAUGCAUGUUUACAGUGAGUCCAGUUUACAAGAGGACAGAUGGACAAAUAGACCUCAGCCGUACUAGUACCAACCAUAGGCCUACAGCCUCUGCAGUGGAUUUGCUGGACUUCAGCCAUUCAAAGUUUUCCUCAUAGGAUAUUAGUCUUUGCUUUUCAGAAAAAAUAAAGCUGUCCUAUUUUUCAA